AUGUGUGGCAGCUACUACGGAAGCUACUAUGGCGGCCGCGGCUAUGGAUGCUGUGGCUACAGAGGCCUGGGCUAUGGCUACGGAGGCCUGGGCUGUGGCUAUGGAGGCCUGGGCUGUGGCUAUGGCUCCUGCUAUGGCUCUGGCUUCCGCAACCUGGGCUGCGGCUAUGGCUGUGGCUAUGGCUAUGGCUCCCGCUCUCUGUGUGGCUGUGGCUAUGGAUACGGCUCUGGCUAUGGCUCUGGCUUUGGCUACUACUAUUGA